AGAGAGAUUCCAUGUGAUUCGCGAGAGAGAGAAAGAGAGAUGAUUGUAGCUAUCGGAGACGACGAUGAGCUACGAAAGAACUCAACUUUACAACGGAGGAGAAGAAUCUCUUUGAGUUCAAUUCUUCUUCUUAUUCCUCUGUUAAUCUCUCUGUACACGACAAGGGUCUCUGCUUCAAUAGAUGAAUCUGGAAGGAGAGUGAUUGAAGCGAGAAGUGGACAAGACUUGGUUUGGGUGGUUCAGCUCUCAGAUCUCCAUUUCAGCGUUCAUCAUCCCGACAGAGCUAUUGAUUUCAGAAACAUAGUGGGACCCGCUCUCUCUCUCAUCAACCCUUCUCUCGUCUUCAUCACCGGUGAUCUCACAGAUGGGAAGAGUAAAGAUUUGUUAACAAUGAAGCAAAAUGAAGAAGAGUGGUUAAAGUAUGAGAGUGUGAUGGAAGAAGUUGUCAAGACAAGUGGGUUGAAUAAGACUAUGUUCUAUGAUCUUAGGGGUAACCAUGAUAACUUUGGUGUUCCUUCUUUUGGUUCAUCUGUUGAUUUCUUCUCAAAGUAUAGCAUCAAUGGGAAGAUGGGAAGGAAAGAUAAUGUAAACAGCCUCACUCUUGAGACUAGUGAACGUAAGCAUCUGUUUGUUGGUGUUGACACAACUAUGGAUAUUGGAUUACGUGGUCCAACUAAUCUCUUUGGUCACCCAACCGAUGAACUUUUAACCUCGCUUGACUCACAGUUAUCGCAAUGGGAUGAUGAAAAGCCAACAAAGCCUGUAACAAAGAUAUCAUUCGGGCAUUUCCCAUUGUCCUUCUCAGCUUUGUCACAAUCUCGAAAGAGCCUUAAAGAUGUUUUCUUGAAGCAUUCAAUCUCUGCUUAUCUGUGUGGACAUCUACACUCAAGGUUUGGGAAAAACCUCAAAAGACUACAUCACUCUGGUGGUGUAAGUUUAUCGGAUAACGACUUGUUUCAGCUGAACAUGAGGCGGAGCGGUGAUGAAAGUGAUACAAACUGUUCAUUCGGAGCCUUGCCAGCUCCAGAGUUUUGGGAAUGGGAGAUGGGUGACUGGAGAAAAAACAGGGCGAUGCGGAUUAUGGCUAUUGAUAGAGGUCAUGUUUCAUACCUUGAUCUUGACUUCAAGUCACAGUCUCAGAAGACUAUCGUAUUACCAACUUUUCCAUUAGAUUCACGUUUCAUGUCAACGUCCCUUGCACGCCACAGAUAUGAAUGUCAACAUAUGAUCUCCUCAUCUUACGACGCAAUCAGAGCCAUUGUGUUUUCUCAUUCUUUAGUUGUUGAGGUUGUAGCUAGAGUUUAUGACUCAAGCCCUGGAUUUAACAAUCUUGUCAUGGAAGCUCCAAUGAGGAAACAUGGAGACGAUUCUUCUUCAGUAUCGUUUUAUUCACUUCCAUGGAAUUAUAGAGCCUUUGAAGAUCCUUUACCAGAUAGGUAUUGGUUUCAGAUAGAAGUGACUGACAUCAAAGGAAGAUCAACUUUAUCAGAACUGCGUCCGUUCUCAAUCAAUGGUUUAAGCUCUAAAGUCUCAUGGACGUGGAAUGAGUUUCGUGUCAUGGGCUGCCAAUGGGCGGCACUGUAUUUCCCCAUUCUAUGGUGUGUGCUAUGUUGUUUGUUUCUCGCUUUACUCAUCCCUAAAUGCAUCAUCGUUGUUUUCAAGAAGCAGUACACUCUCAAGAAGUUCAUCGCCAAGAAAGGACCAAUCACACUUGCUCUCUGGAUUCUCCAAGACCUCUGCAGACUCCCUGUGGUUUGGUUCGGUUACAUAGCGUAUUUGUUUUAUCUCAUAUUCUUCCCUUGGUUUUCCGGUGAAGUGUUUACUAAUUCCGGAAACAGAACAUAUAUGACGAUUAUGGGGUGGGUUGUCACAAGCUCAAGGGGAGAUAGGAACCAUGAGUACGUUGGUGAACCUGAUGUAAUGGUUCUGGUGAUUCCACAUCUGGUUUUUGUUGUCAUCCCAAGUUUCUUGGUUGUGUGUUGUUUGGUUGCUGAGAGAGAACUCUACAAAGAGCACAUUAGAGCUGUUUCUGGUAAGAAGGAAGAUGAUCAUGACAGGGGAAGGAAGAAGAGAUGGCAACGGAGAUCUCUGUUUUUCUCUAAGAGAAGACUGGUUCGGAAGUCGCUGUUGCUGGCUUCAUUGGCUCUGUACUGGAAGCAUUUCAAGAAUUGCUGGAGUCUAGCUAGAGCUUAUGAGAUGAAUGUGGUUCAUUUUCCAGGUUACAGUCUUGUGGUACCUUUGUUGCUACUUUAUGUUAUCUGCAAAACCCAUAGAGCUCCAUGAGAGAAGAACAAACACUCUGACAGUUUUCUCACAUCAUCUUAUUAAAAAAGAGCAACUGAAUUGUUUUGUUUAGCAUCCAAAAUCUUUUUUUUUUCCUGUAGGUUAUGUUCCAAUAUCCAUAUAAAUAUUUGGAAUUGUUUCUAACCUUAGCUAUAAUUGUUUAAAUCUUAAAACAAUUACUUCGGGUAUAUGUUUUAGAAAAAAAAGUUGUUAUACAAAGA